AUGGCCAGCUUUACCCAGUCCUUGUUCAAUCUUGACCCCGAGCACAUAUCAUGCAUCGGAGGGCGAACGGUAGUCACAUGCAAGGGUUGCGCAGGCAAUGCCCCGAGAGGAGCAAUCUGCCUUAGCUGUAACGGUCGUGGCUUCAACAUGUUUAUCUGUGCACACUGCAACCCUGCAGCUGCAGCUGACGUAGCUAGAGCAACGGCGAACCCCACAGCUGCAUCUGCAGAGACACCCGGCUCCUCGGCACCUUCAUCCCCGGGCUCGCUAAGCCGCAGCUCGUCUACUUCGCACCCGGAUCCAACCAUCGCUCGGUUGUACGCAAAAUAUGGGGAUGGCCGCGACAGUACAAGCUGUGGACGGAGUAAUAGCAAUGCGAAUAAGCCGAGAAAUCCGUGA